GCAUGCUCCAUACGCUAACCACAAUGCCCAAGUCCCUCCCAAGUAACAAAGAAGACAAACAUACAGUGAUAUUUGUCUCAAAAGCCGAGCAUCUGCUGCCAAGUUCUAUCUCUUUGAACAAUUCUGGGACCCCACAGGGCUUAAUUUUGUCCAGUGGAGAAAUCAACUGGAUGUGCCCAUGUUUGGAUGGAAUGGCAACAGGACCAUGUGGGGUUGAAUUUCGAGAGGCAUUUUCCUGUUUCCAUAACAGCAAAGCCGAACCUCAAGGAAAAGAUUGCUUGGAUGCAUUUCGCUCGAUGCAGGAAUGUAUGCAGAAGUACCCCCAGACUUAUCGCAAAGAAGAAAUGCUUAAACAGUCUCCCACCUAGAAAAUCAUAAAGAAACUUUUUUCACAUCAUUUUAUUUAACAAUAGAAACACAUAAAAAUUCCUUUUUAAAAUAAUGUUAACAGUCAGUGGACAAUUACAAUAAUGGUUCAUCCCAAAUUUGUGAUGAAUACACACAUAAUAUGCUUCAAAGUUACAGUAUAAAUCUUAAUUUCUGUAAGAAAAUAUUUGAAAUACAGUACAUUUUCCACAUUGAAUGACCUCACAUUUUGAUGUAUCAAAAAUUUGAUUGAAUCUUUUAACUGGUUGUUGGUGUCCCUCCUUCAAUUAAUGCAUACUGUUCUUUGCUCUGCAAGAGCGUUAGAACUUAACAGUUUUGUUUUACAUG